AUGGAAGAAGAAUUGUUAAAUAUCAAUCGAAAAUUGACAAAGAUAAUCACGAAAUCAGAAAUCGAUGAAUCUGUUGUACAAACACUUCUAGUUCGUCUAGAAGAUUUAGACGUCACUUUGACGAUGUUACAAAAAACUGGAAUAGGGAAAAGUGUUAAUGAACUACGUCGACUGAUUUCUAACGAGAAUCUGACAACAAUGGCAAAGAAUUUAUUGAAGAAAUGGAAAAAACUUCUUCCAACUUCUUCUGGCAAAGACACUGAACUGAAACAUCCUCAACUGGCCGAUCCAGUUCGACUCAAGUCACGUGAAAUGUUGGCAAAAGCAUUAUCAAUCGCUGCAAUCCCUCAAGGAUCACAAACUCCCGAAGAAUUAUCCGCUCAGAUCGAAGAAGCGAUUUUCAAUGAGAUCAAAGAUACGAAAAUGAAAUAUGGACAUCGUGUUCGCAGUCGAAUAUUCAACUUACGCGAUUUAAAAAAUCCCGAUCUUCGCACGAGAGUUCUCAACGGGACAAUCACACCGGAACAAUUUGCUGUCAUGACUUCAGAAGAAAUGACCAGUGAACAUUCGAAGAAAGAACAUGCGAAACUCAAAGAACUCACUUAUCGAGAAAGUUUGUUACCCGUCGACGAAGGUGUUGGCUGUAAUCUCCUGAAGUGNCGUGUUCGCAGUCGAAUAUUCAACUUACGCGAUUUAAAAAAUCCCGAUCUUCGCACGAGAGUUCUCAACGGGACAAUCACACCGGAACAAUUUGCUGUCAUGACUUCAGAAGAAAUGACCAGUGAACAUUCGAAGAAAGAACAUGCGAAACUCAAAGAACUCACUUAUCGAGAAAGUUUGUUACCCGUCGACGAAGGUGUUGGCUGUAAUCUCCUGAAGUGCGAAAAAUGUGGCGCAAACAAUUGUUCGUAUUCGGAAUUGCAAACUCUCAGCGGGGAUGAACCAAUGACAGUAUUCGCUCUUUGUCGAAGUUGUGGCCACCGAUGGCGAGGGUGA